AUGACGCUCAACUAUUCGAAGAACGGUGUUGAACUACAAAAGGCGUAUGAGGAGGUGGUUGGUGCAUCAAAUCCAAACGAGAAAUGGGUGAUUUUUGACUAUGAAGGAACGGCUAAUGUGCUUCGAUUGGGUGAUCAAGGAGACGAAGGCCUUGACGAGUUUGCUGCCAGUUUCAAUGCGGGUCGAGUGCAAUUCGGAAUUGCGAAAGUUCAAUUUGAUCAAACGGCUUUACCAAAGAUUCUUCUCGUACAUUGGCAAGGUGAAGGCGUGCCCUCGAGUCGACUAGCCACCACAACUAGUCAUGUCAGAGAUGUGGAACGAUUUUUAAAGACAGUUCAUUGUGUGCUUCAUGCAAGAAGUGAACUCGAUGUAGAUGAGAGAGAAAUUCGAAAAGCGCUCUCUAAAUUGCCAAGCUUCAGCUCGAGUAAUGUGGAAACUUCAUAUGCAAAUCCUGAGCCAGUGAAUUCCGUGUAUCGUCCAGUGAAACCGUCAAAAGAUAUCAAUGCCAAAGAAAGAGAAGAUUUCUGGAAAGCAAUGGAAAUAGAAGAAAAUCAACGUAAAAGGGAAGAAAUCGAGCGGCAACAACAUGAGCGAGAAAAGCAAAAGAAAGAACAAGAACGUGAAACAAAAGAAAGUGAAAUAAAAAGGGAAAAGAUGGCACAAGAAAGAGUUGCAGCAAGACCACCAGUACAGGAUAAUAAUCAAAUGCAUAAACCAUCGAGUAUUCCAUCGAAGUUCAACCUUUGCGACACUAGAAAACAACUCUUCGAAUCGCAAAUUGAUCAAUCUUUACCAGUUCCAAAAACACCUUCAAAACCAAUGCCAAAGUCUCAACCAUCUCCCGUCAUUUCUCCAUUCAAGGCUCCUUCUUUCGAAAAGAAUCAGGAAAGCGAUGAAGAUAAUUACUAUUCACCUCCUGCUCCAGCUUUACCUAAAUUUGAGGCUCCAAAGAUAUCGGCUGCAAUCCUUCCACCAAGCGCGCCUCCACCGAGCAUUCCAAAAGUAGAAUCACCGAAAAUUCUCGAAUCAAAUACUCCGACAAUGUAUGAUACAGUUCCUGGUGAAUUGCCAGAGCCUACAUCGAAAACCCCACCCGAACAACAUUAUCAUCACGAGGAGCCACCUACUUUUCAUCAAUCAAAUACUCCGACAAUGUAUGAUACAGUUCCUGGCGAAUUGCCAGAGCUUACAUCGAAAACCCCAACCAAACAACAUUAUCAUCACGAGGAGCCACCUGCUUUUCAUCAAGCUGCACCUUCACUAUACGAUACAGUACCCGGGGAACAGCAAGGGAUGAGAGCACGCGCCUUAUGGGAUUAUCAAGCCGAAGAUGAAACUGAGCUAAGCUUCGAUCCUGACGAUGAGAUUACCGAUAUAGAGCAGGUUGACGCUGGUUGGUGGAGAGGACGAGCGAAAAACGGGAAAAUCGGCCUUUUUCCUUCGAACUACGUGCAAAUAAUCAAC